CCUCUGACCUUUAGCGAGGAAAGAACGUGGGUUGGGUGAUUUUCUCGUCUGUUUUUCUCAAUUUUCAGGCGUUUUGAGGUGAAAAAUGGGCGAUCCUGGCCCGGUUGGGGGAGACACGGACAGCGAUGACGCUGGGUUCGAUGAAGGUGACAUUGAAGAGGUGAUAGAACUCGAAGGACCAGAAGCAGACGACGCUCUUGCAGACGAGAUGGAUGAGAUAGACCUCGGUAACCAUGGUGAUAGUAACCAAGGUGACGAGGGUGCUGAGGGGGACAUGGAGAUGAUGACAGAUGAUGCUGAUGUGGUCUUCAGUAAACACAUAGGCUCAGUGUUCUGCAUAGGGCUGGACCGUACCACUGAGUCCCUGGCAGUGACGGGAGGGGAGGAUGACAAGGCUUACGUGUGGAGACUGGCGGAUGGAGAGGUCCUGAUGGAAUGUGGGGGUCACAAGGACUCGGUGACGUGUGCGUGCUUCAGCCACAACUCGGCGCUGGUUGCCACGGGUGACAUGGGCGGGCUGGUGAAGGCCUGGGACGUCAACAGCCGAGAACAGGUCUGGGAGUUCGAGGUCUCCGACUUGGAGUGGUUAGACUGGCACAUGGCGGCUCCGGUCCUGUUGGCAGGGACGGUGGACGGGGAUGUCUGGAUGUGGAAGGUUCCCAGCGGAGACUGUAAGACGUUUCAAGGUCACGGGUGUCAGAGCACGGCAGGCAAGGUCAUGCCAGAUGGUAAGCGUCUGUCUGUGGGAUACGAGGACGGAGCAGUCAAGGUGUGGGACCUGAAGCAGGGCGCGGCACUUCACACCUUCUCAGGUCACCAGGGUCAUGCGGGGGCAGUGACCUGUCUGGACUGUCACCAUGACAACGUGCUGGUGAUGUCGGGGGCGACGGACGGGACGGCACGGAUCUGGAACUCAGCUGCUGGGAAGUGUGUGUCAGGUUAUACAGCCGGCCCAGAGACAGGCAGUGACGAGGACACCAACUCUGUGGAGGCUGUAGGACUCAGUAGGAGCCAACCCCUGGCAGCAGUGGGCUCGCUGAACGGCACCCUGGGAGUUUGGGACAUCCCGACUGGGGUACAGAGACAUAAGUGCAGCCAUCCUGGUGGAAUAGUCCGUCUGCAGUGGGUGGAGUCGGGUUACCUGCUGUACACCAGCUGUCUGGACGGGGUGACCAGAAUAUGGGACAGCCGGACCGGCGCAACCGUACAACAGCUUACAGGACAUGCAGAGGAGAUACUCGACAUGGCCGUCAGCAGGGAUGGGAACAUUGUCCUGACAUCAUCAGGAGACAACACGGCUCGAGUUUUCAAUCUGCAGAAACCGGAGCGGUAACCCUGGACACCCCUGUCACACAGUGGAACAUGCCACAGCAUUAGGUGUUACAUAAGUUCAAUUUUAUCACGGAUCAAUCCACCCCAAAGAAGAGGGGCGGUUGCAUGUAUUUUUUAAGAAUUCACCCCAGUACAAGUCUGAAUGACUUAAUGACUAAAUAACCUUAUAGACCUUGAAUAAGAUUUUAUUUUGUGACCAAAUGUUCUGUUUUUACUUGAUGUUAGAAUGAUAUCACGUUACUGAUUAAUUUCUUACAUUUUCCAUAAGUUGAUUUUCUUAUGUUUCAAUAUAAUAGGUACUCCUGAUGAUCAGGUCUAUCCUGGAUGCUCUCACUAGUAGUGUAGCAGUAUCCAAUAUUAAACCCUAAUGCUACAGGGGUCCCUGACACACAGGUGGGCACCAGUCUGUUACCCUAUGGGUAAAGUUUUGGCCACUGGAGCAACUCCCAACACAUUGAAUCUUGACGAAGAUGAAAUCCUGUUGACAUGUGUACAUUCCCUGGGGCCAGAUAUAUGAGCUAUCAAUUUGACGAGAUGGCCGGCUGAGUGGUAGGCAAAAUGUAGGUGAUGGGUAUUUUGCCUACCAAUGACUUGCAUAUGCAUAUCAAUGAUUUGCUGAUCAUUGCCUACCAAUAAUUGUAAACAAAAGGUGGUCUCUCUUAUAAAGGGAACUGUGCCAGACAGCUUUUAUCAUAACUAUGUAUACAAGAGCAAACCAUUAAAAUGAAUCGUCGUGCCAAGGAUCAAAGACACUAGUUUUCUGUUAUUUUCCUUUUCCCCCAAUUAGCAUUCAAAAGUUCUUGUAUAUACAAUGUAGUUCUUUAUUGUAGCAAGUAUAGUGUACACAAUGAAGACAGGACACAGUUCUAAUCAAGAGCCAGCACGUCCAUGUUUAUUGAAGGUCAGUAACAGUUCAUGAGAUGUUCUACAUGUGCCAGGGUCUAACGCAUUACAGUUCUCAUUAUCCGCGUCUUAUAUUUUAUCCCCAGGCUCUGUUACUGCCUACAAGUAUCAUAACCCAAAUAUAGUACAUCACUUCCGUAUGCCUUCCCAUAAGCAGAAGUUUCAAACAUUAGUUGUGGACAUGUAGGACAUGGCGGUGUUCUACAGUGACCCUUGUUGACCCUGUUAGUGUUUGUUCAUUUUUAAGCAUUCAUGCAAAAAUAAAAGUAAAGCUCUCUCUAGAAAACCUCAGUUCGCAGCGUCGGCGCUGAAAGACAACCCAAGACUACUACUUAGUCACUCUUAACUAUCAUACAGAUAACACAUUUGUCGCGUAACUUCUCUACUUGCGCUUAAUUCCAUCUUAUCUUACAUCACACACCACUGUCGCCGCUUGCCGUACACCGUAGUAUACAUCAACAAGCUCUCAACAUAUGCAGGCAGACAGCCAGUUUGUUGUUUAGGUCUUUGCUUGACUUUUUGUGACGGGUUUUCCUAGUUUUCUUCGUCUAGAGCGGUGGGUAUCAGUCCGCUAGGCAAAAUGUACACCGUGUCGACUUCACUACCAGUGCGAUUUUUUUGGCUGAAGCAUUAUUAAUUCUUUGCUGCCUCGAGUUAUUCCAAUUUUCGAAAUCCUGCAGUACUGCAGAUACUUUCUUUCCUAUUUCAGAAUCAGUCACAAUCGUGAUGUGCUGAUUUUUGAGACUUCCUAGUU